AUGUCGACCGGCACGGCCGAUGUGGGCGGCGGCGAGGACGACCGCCGCAGCAGCAGCGGCCGCGGUAGCGGCGGCAGCGGCGGCAGCGGCGGCGACAGCAGUAGCCGCGGUAGCGGCGGCAGUGGCAGCGACAGCAGCAGCGGUGGCAGCAGCGUCGAUGACGGCGGCAGCGACAGCAGCAGUGGCAGCGACAGCGAGACGGAUCUCCCGGCGCUCUGUGGGCCAGAGGCCCGGCGGCUCGCCCGCUUCGACAAGCCGGCGGAACUCACCAGCCGCCGCACUAGGGAGAACCCUCGCCGAAAUCCGAGGUACGAGUCGCCCCCGUCGCCGCCCACAUCGGCCCCGUCGCCGACAAGUGCCGAAGCCCUGCUCGCCUCGGUGGCGAGCCUGCCCGACAGCAGCACGGAGGAGUUCACCCGCUGGAUGCUCUCGGCAGUACUUCACGUGGCGGAGGGGCUAGAGGCGAGGGUGGACCGAAGCGGGAUGACGAGAAGGGAGGGGAGGGAGGCCAUUGGCAGCAUGUUGUGGGUGUCGACGUUCUCGCGCCCAGACGUCUCGUUCGCCGUACGUGCGGUAGCGCGCCACGCCCACGCCCCGGCGAAGCGGCACUGGGAUGCCAUACAGAAGAUCCUCGGCUACCUGAAAGGGACGAGGGACCUCGGCAUCACCUACCAACGGGGAUCGGGGUUAGGGCUGGCCGUGUACGUAGACGCUAGCUACGCCGACACGGAGGACAAGCGUUCGGUGACAGGGAUGGCGACGACGGUUGGAGGUACCGUCGUCAGCCAUGGUAGCAAGACACAGAGCAUUCUGUCUCUGUCUUCGACGGAAGCCGAGUACAUUGCUGCCGGGGAGGGUGUCAAGGAGGCGUUGUUUGUGCGUGCUGUGCUUUCGUUUGUCGCCCCAGAGACCAGUGGUAGCAGCAUCAAGGUCCUUGAGGACAACCAGGGGGCCAUAGCGUUGGUGCAGAACCCCCUCAGCUCAGGUCGCACGAAACACAUCGACGUGAGGUAUCAUUUCAUCCACGGAUUGUUUAGGUCGGGGGAUAUAUCGGUCAAGUUCGUUCCGACAACGGAGCAACACGCGGACCUCCUAACCAAGGCCCUUAGCAGGGCCAAUCUGCAGUACCACCGGCGCAAGUUGAUGAAUUUGCCGGAGUAACUGCAGCAGUUUCUAGCACUUGGGAGAGGCCACGUU